AUGGCUGAUAAUGAGCAGAAAGCCCUCCAAUUGAUGGCGGAGGCAGAGAAGAAGCUCAAUUCAAAGGGUUUCCUCGGAUCGCUAUUUGGAGGCGGUUCAAGUCGUGUUGAGGAUGCUGUGGAAUGCUACCAGCGUGCUGCCAACAUGUUCAAGAUGGCUAAGAAGUGGUCUUCGGCCGGAAAGGCCUUCUGCGAAGCUGCCAAUCUUCACGCAAAAGCAGGAUCACGUCACGAUGCUGCCACAAAUUACGUCGAUGCGUCCAAUUGCUACAAGAAGACUGACCCCAAUGAGGCCGUCGCAUGCCUUCUGAAAGCCAUCGACAUCUACACAGACAUGGGGCGCUUCACGAUGGCAGCCAAGCACCAUCAGAGCAUCGCUGAGUUAUUUGAGAACGAAGCGAAUGAUUUGCAACGAUCCAUUCAACAUUACGAACAAGCUGCGGAUUACUUCAAGGGUGAGGAGUCUACCAGUUCGGCCAACAAGUGCAUGCUGAAAGUGGCGCAGUAUGCAGCUCAGCUGGAGGAUUACGAGAAGGCCAUUCAGAUUUACGAGCAAGUGGCCAGUUCGUGCCUGGAGAGCUCGUUGCUGAAGUACAGCGCAAAGGAGUACUACUUCCGUGCCGCUCUGUGCCAUCUGAGUGUUGAUCUGCUCAAUGCACAGCACGCCAUCGAGAAGUACGCCCAGCAAUACCCAGCAUUCCAGGACUCGCGCGAAUUUAAGCUAGUUAAGACUCUGUGUGAGCACCUUGAGGAACAGAACAUCGAGGGAUUCACUGAGACAGUUAAGGACUACGACAGUAUCUCCCGACUCGAUCAGUGGUACACAACAAUCCUCCUGAGGAUUAAGAAGCAGUCUAAUGAUAAUCCCGAUUUGCGAUAAAUUCAUUUUCAAGUGAUUCUCAUGGACAUUACUGAGGGUUUGUUAUGUUUUUUUUUUGUCCACACGAACAGUAAAGAAGAAAGAAAGUUAAAAUGAGUGAUUCAAAGUUGAUUUUGAAUCACAAAAAUUUUCAACAAAACAAUUCUUUAAUUGAGUUUUAUUUUGUUGAAAUUGUUUCGAUUUCUUCCAAUAAAAUCUUGUUAAAAUUUUGUUACUCCUCAAGUUCCUGCGCACAUUGAAUUGUUGUUGUUUUCUGUUGAUGGUUUUUUUUUGCAAAGAGGUGAUCAUCCUGUAUUUGAAAUUUCCACCGAAGUGAUGCCACAUUGUGCAUUCUUUACACAUUUCCCCUUCCCCAUAAAUUCCCUCAAUUUUAAAUGUGAAACUCCAGAUGCUUGUCAUCGAAUGAUUCAGUGAGUUUUGUGAGAAGUUGCAAGGGAUUCACCAUGAUUCACAGUAUCGUGGGAUACGAUUUUGAUAUCAGCAAGAUUUAUAUCAAAAUAAACAAAUAAUUUUUCACCAGCAAUUUAUGGAUUUUAUUUUUCAAUGACUGUCUAAGUUAGGUUUCUCCAGACCGCAAUAAUUUUUCAAGAUCAAAAGAUACUCAGAAAUUCAAUCUUGCAAAAUGUACUCACUUCUUUCGAUGACAUCCCCCUUGGAGUGUGGAUGAUAAAACAAAAAAAAAUGUGACUUUGCAGCGGUAUAAAAGAAAUUAAAGAAAAAAAACGACGGUAGCGAUAUUUGUUAUUGAAAAAAUUCUCAAAUGGGAUUGAUGUAAAAGAGUAAUGUGCGUUUUUACUAAAGAAUAAAAAAAAGAAAAGAAAAUACAUUAAAAAUAUUCGUCUCUAGAUCGUUAAACAAAAUGUCAUAAUUAAUAAAAUAUCAAUCUAAGGGCAGUGACAACAAACUCACCAAAUGAGUCAUGAAAAAAAGUGGUAAGAAAAACAAUUAUAAUAAAUUAUAUUAUUCCAUUUAAAAGAUGAAAAAAAAUUAUAUAAUUAGUAAAAUAAUGGAAAUGAAAGGCAAAAAACCAGAAAAAACACUAAAUUGAGAAUAUCUAUCAAAUUUAAAAGAAAAAAAGUUCUUUAUAAUCUUACAAAAUAUCUCACUUCUCAAUUAAUCGAAGGGAAAAAAUAUAUAUUAGGCACACACACAAGAAUAUUUUAUAAAAUUAUGUAGAAUCUUUGCAUUUCGGACGAUAAAUAAAAAAUAUAAGUUCAAACAGUUAGAAGGACUAGCAUAAUUUUUGACUUUAGAGCGGUCGUAUUUAACUGAAUGAUAAUUUAGACAAAAAAAUAGCAUAUAGAAUUUUUCAAAUUUUAGGCUUUUUUUAAAUUGGUUUUUGAAAUUUUGAAUUUAAAACAUCAUAAUCCAUACAUUAUGCAAUAUUUAUAAUGAGGUAUUUAAAAUAUAUUGAAUGGAUUACAAAAAAAAAGGAUUAUCACUAUAUGAAUCAAAUUUAACAAUUAUAAUUACAAAGAAAUAUCUGUACAUUUUAAUUGUGUCUGUAGAUUUAACAUGAAAGGACAAGAAACUAUUAUUGCUUUAUAUGUGUUAUAAAUUGCAAUAAAUAAAAGAAGAAUAUUAUAGUGAAAA